AUGAACGUCGCAGAGCUCUCCUCUUUCGCUACGGUGCCGAUGUCCGACUCGAACAUGCAGAUCGAACAUUGCACGUCGCCAGCAGAGGUAGGUGGCAGCCUCGCGGUAGUGAAGGUAGCAGAGCUUUCUUCAUCUGAGCAGCUUCUGCGUGCCAUAAUUAUAGCACUUGCUAGGGGCGCUUUUCUGCAAGCUCAGUCACAAGAUCAGGACUCUCUCCAUCACGAUCCUCCAAGUUUCUCCAGCGUACCUCUCGAAGUACUUCUGCACAUCAUUAGCUUCGUCGGAGAUGAUUCAGACGGACUGUAUACCAAGGCCUGCCUCGCUUUGACCUGCUCCAAGAUGUACCAAGCCUACAAGAUGGUUCACUCCGGACCCAUCGCAUGGGAUGUUGGUCCUCCUCUCAUUGACACAAAAGGUCACAGAUGGGAAUAUGCUUUACAGCACCACAUUGGAGUUUUCCUGGGACCAGCCUACCGCAGACACCGAUUCGAUUCCCGGUUUGUCUACCCUUUGAAGAAAUGGCCGGCAUUUCUCUCCCGCCAAGCUUACGGCAAUGCACACAGUAAGAAGGAGGUUGAGCUGAACGAUCGGUACCAGGACUGGGGCGGGCUUUCAUUGCCGCAGAAGCCGAAACUUUCCAUGGUCAUUAAGUCGCUGCCAAAUCCUUUUGGGUUGGGUGACGAAUGGUAUGCGCUGGCGUUCAAGGCGCUGUGGAAGCUGCAAAUAAACAAUUACGCGGAUGCUCGUUCCAAAGAUGCGGGCUUGAAAGGUCCACCAAGAUAUCUCUUUAUAUAUGAUAUGAUGAUGAAGGAAUACGAGGAGUUCUACGAUGGCUUUGUAGAGUGGACUGUAAUGAUGGGGAUCUAG